AUGACAAUUCAACAAAUGUUCAAAAAGAGGUUUAAUCCAAACAAGGAUCAACACUCGACAACGGCAACAAGAACUCCUUUGGAUACCAAUAAUAUUACUGCAAUUGAUCAAAUUUCAUUUCUUGUUUCACCAAAUGAUAUCCCUGUUUUAUAUCAUACCAUGAAAUCAGUAGUUACUAAAUUAGAGCCAUAUAUGGAACAAUCAGGAGUUUUGAAAGAUGAGACAAACAAAGGAUUGGUUCCAAACAUAUCUUCUGUUUUGGUUGAGACUACUGGAAUUAAAUCUACUUUGUUGAAUUUUGAUAGUGAUAGCUGCGGUUAUAGUUAUGCUGCUGCUGAUACUGCUGUUGAUGCUGCUGCUGCUGCUGCUGCUACUGCCACUGCUUUGGUGGAUUUGAAGAUUGACGUGACUUGGAAAGCUAGAAAGGACAAAAAGAGCGACGAUGGUGUUAAUGAUAUUGAUUUGAAUCAACAGAUACCAUUUCAGAAUACAAAUGAACCACCAGAAUCCAUUAAAAAGGUGGUUACUCUUGACAAAUAUACGGAAAAUGUUGAUUUGCAAAAUGAUGGUAUCAAGUCAAUCGAAUCCAAGGAAUGUGAAAGUAUAAUGGAUCCAAUUUGUCCACCAGUUUCAAAUACAGCAUUGACUAAUUUACUUUAUGAAUAUAAUUUCAAAGCUCAUGAAUACGAUGCAAAUGAUUUGAAUCAAAAUAAUACAUCAUCCUCGUCUGCAUCAACUGUUGCUUGUGAUGAUGAGAAUACAUUUACUAAUCAAGACAAUAAACAUCAUCAAGUGGUCGAUACUGCACCCUUAGUAUCGCCACAAAGAGAUGAUUAUUUGGCUACAAUUCUUGAAGAAUAUUCUCCAUUUUAUAAUUGUCCUAUUGACGAAGAAACUAGCGAAGUUGAAAGAAGUUGUUAUAAUCCUUAUAAAAUUGUAUUUUCAGGACAAUUUUAA